AUGUCCAAGAAGUUCCUCCUGGAGCUGCUCAAGAGGGCAAUGGUCAAGGAGCUGCCAACCUUCGACCUAGACAACCACAACGCCAACCUAGGGCCAUCGGCUCACACUUGGGAGAAAAACAUCUCAACUGAUACUAUCACAACUUGGGAUGAAUGCAAGAAGGCCUUCCUCAACAAGUUCUUCUCUGCUACAAGGACUGCAAACCUUAGAAAUCAGAUAUCUGGUUUUCAACAAAAAGGACUUGAAGGAUUUUCAGAGGCAUGGGAGAGAUUCAGAACCUACUUGUCUCAAUGCCCCCACCAUGGCUUCAACAAUGAGAGCUUGCUAAGCACAUUCUACAGAGGAGUCUUGCCUAAAUUCAAAAGCCAGCUUGACACUGCAAGCAAUGGAAACUACUUGGGGAGGACUGUCGAAGAUGCAUUAGAACUCUUGGAGAACAUGGCACAAAGUGAUUCUGUCUACAAUGAUGAAUAUGACAGAAGAGACAGAAGUGGGGGAGGAGAAGAUAUGACCACAAAAAGAGAACUGAAAGCAAUACAAGAAAAGAUUGACAUGCUACUAUCAGAAAAGAACAAGAAGGAGGAGUUACAUAUGGUUUCUGAAGCUGAUGGAGUAGAAUGCCAAGAAGAUAUGUACUAUGUCAAUGCUCAGGGUACAUGGUACAAGAAGGAACAUGACUAUCAAAACCAGAACAACUACCAACAGAAACCCUUCUACAACAACCAACAGAAGCCAUUCAACAACUACCAGCCAAAACAAUUCUACAACAAUCAGCCUAAGCCAUUCUACAACAACAACCAAGGUGGUUACCAACCAAAACAGAGCUUCCCUCCUGGAUUCUCACCAAAACCAAAUCUACCUACACAAGAACAAGCUGGAUCAUCAACACAACCUCCACAAGAGAGUAGUACUGAAGCGAUGCUAAAACAAUUAUUGGAGGGACAAGCAAGAACCAGCUCAAGUCGCCAACAAGGUACACUACCUGGAAAGCCUGAACAAAACCCAAAGGAGACAAUGAAGGCAAUCACCCUAAGGAGUGGAAGAGAGUUGCCUCCUAAAGUUCUCAUUAAGGAUAAUGAGAAACAAGGUGGGGAGGUGGUCAUCAAUGUAGAUGAUGAUGUGGUGAUUGUGGAUGAGAAAACUAAUGAGGAAAUAUUGGAGAAGAUAGUUGAAGCUAAGGGCAAGAGAAAGAUUGGAGAGGAGAAAUUUGAGAACAAAAAUGAGGAGGUUACAUCAACAAAGGAGAAAUUGUUCACUCCUCCUCCCUAUGAGCCAAAACUUCCCUUUCCUGGAAGAUUCAAAAAGCAACUCCUAGAGAAAUACAAAGCCUUUGCCAUUAUUCAGAGAAUGACUGUCCCAAGGAAGCUACAAGACCCUGGUAGUUUCACCCUGCCAUGCGCCAUUGGACCUUUGACAUUUGAGAAAUGUCUAUGUGACUUGGGAGCAAGUGUCAGCCUCAUGCCACUAUCCAUUGCCAAGAAGCUUGGGUUUACACAAUAUAAAAAGUGCAAGAUCUCUUUGGUGCUGCUGAUCGAUCUGUCAAGCUCCCCAUUGGCAUCCUAG